GUCUGAUAUUGAAAACCGUGCAUAUACAUCCGAGGGUGUCUUUUAGUUUUUCGCAUAGAUAUUAAAUGGAAAACGGCCGAGGAGUUCCGUGUGUUACGUAACCAGGCAAAAAUGGCCGACAACUAUUACAGACUACUUACACUCCAAACCGAUAUAGCAACACCUGUUUUACGGGAUUUACUACAGGACUGUGCUAAAAAGGACACGAGUACAGGAGAAAUUUUUACAACAUUGCAACGGUAUCUCUUCUUGAAGGAACCUGUUAUUGGGCAUCUUUUCCAUAAUGAAAAGUGGAAGUAUAACAAGAUUUAUCCAAGCGGCAAGCCAUCCUCUUCUUCCGUAGUUUCGGAUGGAGGCACUUUUGACGUGUCUAUGCUAACGUCAUUGUUGUUAGGGUUGUUCAAAAACGGGAAAACGCCAGUCCUAUCUUCGGCCACGGCCAUUGAUGUGAAAUACAUAAAGGAUGUUCGAAAUAGCGAUAGUGUUGCUCAUGGCUUCUCUACCAACAUAUCGUUGCAGGAUUUUGAGAACACAUGGAAAGGCAUAGAGACCGCAAUACUCUCGAUUGCCUGUUUAAAAGGAAACGCCGCGUAUUUGGAUGAAGUUAACACGCAUAUAAAUACGACGCUACUAAGCAAACUGCCUGGCAUGUGGAAUUCUUGUGCCAAAUGGUUUACAAGUGUAAUUGAAGAACAGAUGGAUACAAUACGUUAUUUGAAAACAGUGGUAGACACUGGAACAGAAAUGCAAAGACACCCGUCUGGUAGAGAUCAAAAACGCUUCAAGACUGUCAACGAAAAACAUAAGACGCUGAAACUAAACUUUAAAACACUAAUGGCUAAUAGCUCGCACGAUGACAUUGCGCUCUCCACGGCCACUGCAGAGAUACGACAAACACUGACGAGAAAAAAACGAGUUAUUGUCACUGGCGAAAGUGAUUCUCAAUAUGAAUCUGUAGCUCUGGCAGCAAUCAAAGAACUGCCAGAUUACGACGUAGAUUUUUGUGUUGCAAUUAACGACCCUCAAGAAUGGAGAGAUAUGGAUGAGGAACUCGUCAAGGUUGUUGUGUUUAAAGACCCGUUUGGAUCAGAAGAUUGUAAUCGAAUACAAUGCAAUACAAUGUUGGAGAUAUUUGAAAGAAUUGAAAAAUCGAAAACACGAAAUAUGCCUGUUGCAACAGUUAUUUUGUCCCAGAAGCAAAUUCUCGACUACUCCUUUUCGUUCGUCAAUGAUCAUGCGCAUGCUUUCUUUGGGGACAUUUGUGAGCCCUGUAAAGCUGGGUCAGAUUAUUCUUGUCCAAUUGACCUUGAAGUUGAAAAAAGAGUUUCACUGCGAAAAAAGUACCAACCUCGGAGCCAAGCAAUGAAAAACAUGCUAGAUAUGUCUUCUGUGUAUUUGGAAGGGCUGCAAAAAAUUGGAGUACAGGAUACAAAAUUUGAAUUUGGAGAGCUCGAAAAGUAUGGCUGUUUGGUCGUAACAGGCGAAGAACCAUCGGACGUCACUUCGUUUGUUGCAAAAUUAGCCACAAGAGAAAAGGGAAAGAAUACAGUUGUUCUUCAAUGUCCAUCGGAUAUACGACAUGUUGAAAUAAAUGUCACUGAUACACUGAUAAUAGAUUUUUUUGCUGGUCAAUAUGAGCUUGAACUUGGAAAAGCGAAACUAUGGAUUGAUAAAUUCGACUUGCUAUACUCGCUUUCCCAAAAACUAAAGUUGUGUAUCAUUGUCUCUUCAACAAGACCUGUUUUAGAUGCCCUUAAAGAAAGCUUACCUCGAAAUCAGCCUGUACACAGCCUCCUAUCGAGAGUGGUUGACAUUACAAAGAACAAUGUUCCACAGGUGAUGAAAUUGGAGCCUGAUGCACAAGAUUUGGAUGCACAAGUCGUCACGUCAGCUGUGACAAUGUUUGGCAAAAUGAACAAUAAAACUGUACGAGCAAUCGAGACGUCAACUUUAAUGACAAUAAAUCAGACGAUAAGUGGACCUCCUCCUGUCCUUGGUUGCCCUCGAGUGUCAUAUGCACCAAACAAGCUCCAGAACCGCAAGAACAAGCAUCAGUGGUAUUCCGACUCUUAUCGUGGACCACCGCAUAAACGAAGUCGUAUUCAUAAACUGCACUUCUAAGUGGAAUAAUUCAGAGGAGCAACAUCAAUACAAACAUUGUUAAGAAAGAUCCUCAAAAAAUGAUGUUAGAGGCAUACCUUUUGACAAUCGUCUAAAUAACUUGGACGAUUAAAUAGGGGAGUGGGCGCCGGGUGAGACCCACCUGGAUAAUCCUGGCGUUUCUGCAGUGUACACUAUAUAUAUAUUGUUCUAGUUGUUGUUGCUGUUGUUGUUGUUGUUGUUAUUUCAAAGCAUGUAUACAUGCAUUUUCUUAAAAAAAACAAUGAUAUAUUAACUAUUUUUAUGUACAAAUUAUCACUUUGAAGCGAUUAUCAAGAUUUUUUUUUGUAAAAAAGUCGAUCAAGCAGUCAGUAAUUUCAAAGCAUGUUAUGAUGUCUGUUCUUGAUAAAAAAUAUAUUUACUGUUUUUAUGCACAAGUUAUCACUAUGAAUCGUUUUUCAACUUUUUUUCAAUAAAUUUGAUCAAGCACUUCAGCGGCCUAGCGUCCUAGCGGCGUAAAGUUAUCGACCUGGUGGCCUAACAUGAUUUCCUGUUUCAAAGUAUGUAUAGAUACCUUUUCUUCUUAAACAGUCAUUUAUUUACUAUUGUAUGCACUAAAUUUCACUCUGAAGCGAUUAUCAACAUUUUUUUCAAAAUAGUCGAUCAAGCAGUUCAGCGGCCUAGCGGCGUGAAGCUAGCAGGCUUGCGGCCUAGCAGCUUAAAAAUGGUUUCUAUUUCAAAGCCUUUAUACGUGCGUUUUCUUCGAAAACAAUGAUAAACUUAUGGUUUCUAUUCACAAAUCAACAUCCUUUAGCGAAUAUCUGCAUUUUCAAUUAAAUUAAUACUCGAUAAAAGGUCUUCCAUAUUCAUGUAAUCCAUGUGAGGUGAUGCCCUGUACUUCCUUGGUAUAUUUUUUAACCCUGUACCCCGUUCUUGUAUAAAAUAUUAUUGAGUCCCUCAGGGUUGACCUUUGGGUAAUCGCGACGAUAUGUCUUAUGAACAUCAUCGGUCUUUCUCAAUAUUACUGAUAUUAAGAAAAAAAAUGAAUUAAUUUGGGUUGAACCUACAACUGUUUUGGAUUUGUGACUGUGUUUCUUUAUUUUAUUUACUAGCGGCACUAGGGAGCUAUCCAUAAUUCGCGGUUGUUCCGACUAUUAUCUGCAAAAAAACCAGGUCCCCAUUUGCUGUCAUCAUACUUUCCCCUGUUGACUGCUACCUUUUUGGCUUAUGCAGUAGUUGUUCGGACAGCGCAGUGGUUAGUGCACUAGCUUUUCAUCAAGGAUAUCCAGGUUCGCCUCCUGGUCACGGCAUAUUCGAGCGUGUUGUAGUCGCCAAGAUGGACAAAUGUGCUACCGCCAGUUUCUUCACUUAACAAGACAAAGUUGUCGCGAAACAUCGUGCCUACGAGAGUGAUUAAUCAAAAGUCAUUAAUGAAUACUUAACAAUUGUCGAAAUACAUUUAAAGUUUAAAACUAAAUUUUUGGCUAGAUUUAACGGUCUGUGUCGUAGGCACUGUUCAGGCGAUAUCGAAGAGUAUAGGCAUAUUACGUAAAUGAGGCACCUGACACUAACAUCGACGACAAACUCAUGAUUGCAUCAGUUGUUGGUGCCUGCCAAAUAUCAGAAAGUGAAAAGGCUCUCAUUUAACAUAGUUAGAUUGUAUCAAGACCGUAACUUGUUAAUCUACAUUAUGUAUUGUAAAUGAAAAUGUGACUGCGAUUAUGUUUUUAUGUAACAGAUGCGACAAAACGAUAUAACUGUCCGAAUACUGUUUACAUAAAUGACCAGCAGAAAGAGUUAUUUAUUUAAAUAUUAAAGCUGUAUCACUUUG